AGCGAGAGAGAAAGAGAGGGCGCUUCAGAUUAAUACAGGCGUUUUUCUCAGUAAGCUUGUUAGCUGAAGGCUGGCACUCUGUUGGGUGUCUUAGAAGAAUAAGAGGCAACAGCGGCGGGGUCACUUGAACGCACCACAUCUCCCCAGCUGCAUUGGUGUUCACAAACUGCAUUGAUGUUCACAAAGCAGUGAAGACAUGUUUCAGGAGAUAAUAUCCCUCUUUGAUUUGGACUACUGUACCCGAGUGUCACCGUGAAGUCGGCUGGAAAUGAACUCUGAAGGUUCAUGUUGGUCUCGGAGCAUUCAUGAUAUCAGUCGGCGCUUCUCCUCCUUUCCCAUCCACGUGAGAAGUUUAACCGGAGAGGGCUGAAAGGAGGUUACCUGUGUUUCCGAUUGACCGUGUAAUCUUUGGAGCUGGCGCAACUGGACGACUGUUCACGAGACACUGAGGGUUGCAUGCAUCAGUGCCAAGAAAUUGCAUUACGGGGGCGACUUUUGCUAAGGAGACACAGAGACAAUCCUGGAGGAUGGGAGCCGAGCAAGGACGCACGCAGGGGAACGGACGCAGCAAUGCUGCCAACGCUGCCGCCAGAGAGCCACGUUCCAGCUCCUGCACCAGCCUGAAGAUGUUUUUGGUGGCUUUGUCCUUCGCCUAUUUUGCAAAGGCUCUGUCGGGGAGCUACAUGAAGAGUACAAUAACUCAGCUGGAGAGGCGCUUUGACAUCCCCAGUUACCUAAUAGGAGUCAUUGAUGGGAGCUUUGAGAUAGGUAACCUAAUGGUGAUAGCCUUUGUCAGCUACUUUGGCGCCAAGCUCCAUCGACCGAAGAUCAUAGGGGUGGGUUGUGUUCUGAUGUCCAUUGGCACCUUUAUUAUCGCUCUGCCUCAUUUCAUCAUUGGACGGUAUGAAUUUGAAACAUCAGUCCGGUGGGUUGCGAACUCAACAAUGAACCCUUCGCCUUGUCAUGUGGGCUCAGCAGCAGAAUUGACCCAAAACAGUAAACUACAAGAAGUGCCAGCCUCAGGCUGUGAAGGGGAGUCCAACCUGUCGAUGUGGAUCUACGUGCUGCUGGGAAAUGUCUUGCGAGGGAUUGGAGAGACACCUGUGCAGCCUCUUGGGAUCUCUUACAUUGAUGACUUUGCAUCGGAGGAGAAUGCAGCGCUGUAUGUUGGCUGUGUGCAGACCAUUUCAGUGGUGGGUCCUGUCUUUGGCUACCUGUUGGGCUCCAUUUGUGCCAAAAUCUACGUGGACAUUGGAUUUGUAAAAAUGGAGACCAUCACCAUCACCCCAGCUGACGCUCGCUGGGUGGGGGCCUGGUGGCUAGGCUACCUUGUAGCCGGGGUCAUCACACUCCUCUCGGCCAUCCCGUUUUGGUUUUUGCCACGCUCCCUGCCCAUGCCGGGGCCCCAGGGCUCAGAGAAGUGCACACCCGAGCAGACAAGCUUCAUCAAAGACUCUCGUCUUCUCAAGAACAAAUAUUCUGCAGACGACAAUACAAGCUUCAUGGAGAUGGCCAAAGACUUCAUUCCCACCUUGCGAAAUCUGCUGGGACACCCUGUGUAUCUGAUCUACCUCUGCGUGACAAUCAUUCAGCUGAACUCUCUCAUCGGCAUGGUCACCUACAAGCCCAAGUACAUCGAACAACACUUCAGGCAGUCUGCAUCAAAAGCCAACUUUCUUAUGGGUGUGAUCAACAUCCCAGCAGUAGCACUAGGGAUGUUUUCUGGUGGUCUACUGAUGAAGAGGCUGAAGCUGAACAUCAUGGGAGCAGCCAAGUUCGCUUGUGGCACGUCUCUGAUUGGUUACGUUCUGUCACUGUUCUUCUUCGCCAUGAGCUGCGAGAACGCCAGGGUAGCAGGAGUGACACUUUCAUACGACAGUGUUGACACACUAUCAUACGAUCAACAGUCAGUGUUCACAGCCUGCAACUCUGAAUGUUUAUGUUCAGCGAGUGAGUGGGACCCGGUCUGUGGAGAGGAUGGCAUCACAUAUGUUUCUCCUUGUCUUGCUGGCUGCACCAGCUCUGCAGGCUCAGGAAAAAACACAGUAUUCUCUAACUGUAGCUGUGUCGGUGUGGCCGGUAACUUUACAGCCAGUACAGGUCAGUGCCCUCACACAGAUGACUGUGACAGGAUGUUCCCGUACUUCCUGGCUCUCUCUGUCAUCACAUCCUUUAUCAUCUCCCUCGGGGGCACGCCAGGCUACAUGCUGCUCAUCAGGUGCAUCAAACCACAGCUGAAAUCUCUGGCGUUGGGGUUCCACGCUCUGGCAACACGUACCCUUGCAGGGAUACCAGCGCCUAUCUACUUCGGAGCAAUCAUCGACACCACAUGUCUGAAAUGGGGUCAGAAGAGGUGUGGUGGGAUAGGAGCCUGUAGGAUCUACAACACCACAGCGUACAGGAUAGCGUACCUGGGUCUGACUCUCAGCCUGCGGACGAUCUCCUUCAUCAUCUGCAUCCCGGGUUUCAUUCUCCUGAGUCGACAGCUGAGGGCGGAGGAAAUAAACGGUAUCCACGGAGCUCUAGCUAACGGCGAGGCGGAGCUGGAGGCACUCAGGAAGGAAGAGUUUGUGAUUAGUAAUUCUGACCAAUCACAACAAAUCUCAGACAACAGCACAGAUAGGGAGACACGGCUGUGAUGGACCUGGCAGAACUUGUUCUCCUUGUCUCCUGCACACAUACACACAUGCACACACACAAACACAUAAACACACACACAACACAAAUGAGAUUUGCAGGGAAUCACAUGUUGCAUUUGAUCAUCUCAUGUAGAGCAUAAAUUCUAUAUUUGUACUCUUGGACCUUUAAAACUUUGUGAAUUUGACAGAAAUUUGAUACAACUGGAAUAUUCCUUGAAUGUAUGUGCUGUUAUUUUUUCUUUUUCUUUUAAAGAGAAAUAUAACAAUAUUCUUUUUGUUUUAAGGCACAAGACAUGGAGGGUGAGGGGAUUCUGGUCUUAACAGACUAUCACGAAAACAGUUUUAUGAAAACCAGCUAAAACUGCCUCUUUGAAUUUUUUUAAAGCUCCUGUGAGGAAUUUUCAAUGAGUUAGGAAACAGAUUGAGAUUUGAUUCUGACGCCUCUUUAUGGCCCAAAAAACAAACAAGCCAAUCAGUGAGAAGUUUGAUUAUUCCAUUGAAAUUAUUUUCAAUAUCUGAAAUAGUUGUUGGAAGAAGUGCUUAACAGAACACUCCCUAAAAAGCCUUUGUGUGUAUAUUUUCUAUGACCAAGAUUAAUACUGGGUGAUACAUUUGGCUGUUAGAAGAUGAAAAAGAAACUUGCAUGUAUGGGAUGAAGUUGGCCAAGACUUUUUUGUCCACAGGGGGGCGCCAAAUUUGACACAAACUUGAAGUUCCUCACAGUUUGUUGAUUUCCUAAACAGAAGAGAUGUGGCCUUACAAUUCAGAGGCAAAGCACUUAAUCUAAUACAUGACCAAAUAAACAACACAAAUUAAUAAUGGGACCAGCAAAGAGACUAGAGUUGUUCCUUUUUUUUUUGGAGGGGGGGAUGUAGAGAAGAAAAUACAUGGAAUAUGUUUGAACUGUAUUUCAGUAGUUUGUAGAGGGCUUGGCAGUUUAUUUUAUUUGACUUAACGUGCCUCAUACACUCAACAGUUACCUCUAAAUCAACUGUUUUGCUGACACUAUCCAGCAAUCCUUGAACGUAUUCAACACAUAUCUGAACAAUACUUCAUCAGACUGAAUGUAAGUCUGCACACUCACUUAGCAACAAAAUGUUUCAUCUCUGAAAAUAUCUGCGUCUUUUUUUUCUGAAGCCCUGAGUCACGUCUGACUGUACUGCAGCUUUGUGAUGUGUCUGUUUUCUGGAUGUGAACUUGACCCUUUUGGUAUUCAUUCUUACUGUGGGUGGACAUUUGUCUCGUGAACGCUGCUCAGAUUUUAACAUAGAAGCUGUCAACAAUGGGGCACUAGUAACAUAUUCAUAUAGGUUCAACCUCUACCAUUGACUCGCAUUUAAAUCCAAUGUUAAGGAGACAAAAUGCUUCAAAUUGUCCUCUUAAUGUCUUGAAUUACUUCGUCAUGACACAUUAAUCAGGAUUAGACAGAUUUUCAUCACUGCGCCUCAUCAGGUUCUGAAAUUAGAUGGCCAGUUUAGUUAGAAGGUAAUUGCUCCUGCUUUUGGUGGUUGCCAUUUGAUGUGGCUUGAAAGCGAAACUACUCUUUCACAUCAUUAUUAGAGAAUAUAAACUGCAUGUUGUCUUAGUCUAUACGAUUUGUGUAACUGGUCAGUCUGUUUUUAGGGGUUCUAUUUAGGGUUUCAACUCUUUAGGAACGCCUGUGCCAAAACCCAGGACAAGAAACAUUUAGGUCUACUCUCAGGUUUUUAACAAUCACUUCGCAAAAUCACAUCCCAUAACUUUUAAACCUGUCAACAGAACUUGUCAGAGUAAAAAAAAUCGACUAGAUGCUGUAUUUCAAGGCUGUUGUUUAAAAAAAAUUAUACUGUUGUCUUUGUAAAUGUAUAGCUUAUUAUAAUUUUCUACGACUGUAUUCCCCAAAUGGAUGUGUACCAUUUGGCAACUCAAAAGUUUGUAGUGACCGUGUUGUCUGUUGAACUCAGGUUCAGUUUCAGGCUCACGCCGCCACACUCACACUCAGAGAGGACCAGCAAGAGACAUAGAGGAGAGAAGUCAUUAUGGCAGUAAUGUAAGGCAUUUACUUGCAUUAAAGAAAUCAGAAUGUAAAUAAAUUUCUUGGAUUAUUUUUGUAAAACUUCAAAGAAUAUCUUAAAUGUAACACUAAAAUAAAACUUUUAAUAUCCAAUC